UAGAGAGAAAAAAAAACUAAGAAAAUAUGAGAAACGGUGGUCAACCGCAACAGACGGCAGUAAUGGCGCCACCGCAUUUGAACGGUUCGGCACAAUUUAUAUCGGGCGGUUACGUGAAUUAUCUUCCACGACAGUCUUGGGGCCAAUUUCAACCCUCCCAACAACAACAGCAUCAACAACAACAACAGCAACAUUUAAGAAACGGUGGUAGACCAUUGUCCCACCCACCACCACCCCCACCACCCUCGAGAAGAGAGAGUCAAAGAGCUUGCGGUAAUAAUAAUGGCCCUGCCAAUACGAAGAACUCGUCUAAUCCCCAUUCCAGGGGUGGAACGCAUCGCAGUACAACCCCCUCGAAGGUGGACCCCGAGUUGAUAUUCACGAAACAAGAACGCAUUGGUAAGGGUAGUUUCGGUGAGGUUUUCAAAGGUAUCGACAAUAGGACCCAACAAGUUGUUGCCAUUAAAAUCAUUGAUCUCGAGGAAGCUGAGGAUGAGAUCGAGGAUAUUCAACAAGAAAUUAUGGUACUGUCGCAAUGCGACAGUCCAUACGUCACCAAAUAUUAUGGGUCCUACCUUAAGGGUACCAAAUUAUGGAUUAUCAUGGAAUACUUGGGUGGCGGUUCGGCUUUGGACUUGAUGAAGGCCGGCAGCUUCGAAGAAAUGCACAUUGCGGUAAUAUUACGCGAAGUGCUCAAGGGAUUGGAUUAUCUUCACAGUGAACGUAAACUUCAUCGUGAUAUAAAAGCUGCAAACGUUUUGCUCAGCGAAAUGGGUGACGUCAAAUUGGCGGAUUUUGGUGUUGCUGGCCAACUUACUAAUACCACGAGCAAACGUAAUACCUUCGUUGGUACUCCUUUUUGGAUGGCACCGGAAGUUAUUAAGCAAUCUGCUUACGAUUCUAAAGCUGACAUUUGGUCCCUCGGCAUUACGGCGAUCGAACUGGCAAAAGGUGAACCUCCCAACAGCGAAUUACAUCCUAUGAGGGUCCUUUUCCUUAUACCGAAGAACAAUCCACCUCAACUAACUGGAAAUUACACGAAACAAUUCAAAGAGUUCGUCGAGGCGUGCUUAAAUAAGGAUCCCGAAAACAGGCCGACGGCGAAGGAGCUGUUAAAGUUUCAGUUUAUAAGGAAGGCGAAGAAGAACUCGUACUUGAUCGACCUGAUUGACAGGUACAAGAAGUGGAAGUCACAACGCAGCGAGGAGUCCGAAACGGAAAGCGAGAAUUCAGACUCGGAAGAAUCCAAGCAAGAUAGCGACAUGGAUGAGCCAUGGAUAAUGACAGUGAAGGGUCCACACGGAGUUAAAGGGUCCGUAGUACCUAUGUUACCAUUGGAUGAACAGCCUACCUCGUUGACCGUAACUCAUACACCGAAUCAUAGGUCUUCGAAUCAUAAUCAACAAACUAAACCACACGCGAAUGGUGCUUCGCGAUCACCACCUAAGGAAUCUAUCUUGAAUCAUUACAGAAGUGAUUCUAGAGAUUCCCUACGUGAUGGACAAAGCAAGCACACGACACCGUUGAGACCACACGAAGCUGCACCACCACCACCAAUUGACACCCGAGAGAAAAGAGACGAACGAGAUUACCGUGAUUCCAGUAGAGAAUCAACUUUGAGAGAGCCAAAAGAAUUGCGGGAUAGCAGGGAAAGGGAUAGGGAUGGAAGAGACAGAGAAAGGGACAGGGAAGGUAGAGAAAGAGGGGAUGCUGCUACGAGAGAUAAAAGAAACAGUAAACCGGAUGUACCAGUUGUACCAAUGGUCGACCAUAGAUCUGGUGAAGAAAAACAACGACCAAGGAGUUCGCAAGAACUUAAACACCCACGAAGUGCUGCCCUUUCCACCGUUGUCUUACCCCUCUUAUCAGAGAUCAAGCUUCAACGAAAGCACCAGUAUUCCGCGCGAGACAAUAACGGCGAAGGUGGAAGUGGCGUUGGAAAAAAUGGUGGUGCGAUAGAAGAAUUACGUGGUGCCUUUGAAAUGGCUGAACGUACGUCCCCAGGAAUGACCGAAGCUCUUAUCAGGGAACUUCUUAAAUCAUUGCUUCCGGCCAAUCACUCGGAGGGUCGUCUUUCUAUGCUAAUGGAAAAAGUUAUUUUGAG